AUGGGUGCCGCCUUAUCGUCGAUGCUGGCGGCUCCCGAGUCGCUUUUGACCUUCGCAGUCGUCGCAGCCGUCGCGUGGGUUGUCGUCAAAAUUCUCCUGCAGCCUAAAUUCCCCCGGGGGGAGGGGUCAGCAGGCAACAGAGUGCAGUGCUACGACCCUGCCACGCUGCAGUACCUGGGCUUCUCGCCUGCUCUGAAAGCAUCAGAUGGCACGGCAGGCGCAGCAGCAGUGGGCGCACAGCAGCUUCGAGCAGAGGAGGCAGUUCCUGAGGGUGCUGAUGCGAUACGUGGUGGAAAACCAGGACCUCAUAUGCAGAGUCGGGCAAGGUGUCGGUGGAUGCUGCUGUCUCUACUGCUGAAUCGGUCCUCUCUCACUGCCUUCCUCUCAUCUCUCACUGCCUUCCUCUCAUCUCUCACUGCCUUCCUCUCAUCUCUCACUGCCUUCCUCUCAUCUCUAACUGCCUUCCUCUCAUCUCUCACUGCCUUCCUCUCAUCUCUCACUGCCUUCCUCUCAUCUCUCACUGCCUUCCUCUCAUCUCUCACUGCCUUCCUCUCAUCUCUCACUGCCUUCCUCUCAUCUCUCACUGCCUUCCUCUCAUCUCUCACUGCCUUCCUCUCAUCUCUCACUGCCUUCCUCUCAUCUCUCACUGCCUUCCUCUCAUCUCUCACUGCCUUCCUCUCAUCUCUCACUGCCUUCCUCUCAUCUCUCACUGCCUUCCUCUCAUCUCUCACUGCCUUCCUCUCAUCUCCCACUGCUUGGUCUCUCAUCGCUGCCCACCUCAUUCUCUCCAGAGUAUCGGCGCGAGAGUCAGGCAAGGUGCUGGUGGUGCUACUGCCGAAGUCGGGCAAGGUGCUGGUGGAUGCUGGGUUUGGUGAGAUUCUGACGACGUGUGAGAAGAUAGCGUGGCUGCUAAAUGAAGGGGAGAGGUGGCUUAAACCUGAAUACAGGUCCGUGGGUCGAACCAUGCUGCACAAAGUCGCUAGGGUGGAGUUUGAGCCAGCAGGGGUGAUCGGAGCCAUAGUGCCGUGGAACUACCCCUUUCACAACGUGCUUAACCCCGUGCUGUCCGCCGUAUUCGCUGGCAAUGCUGCCGUUAUCAAGGUGAUGCCGUGGAACUACCCGUUCCUCAACGUUCUUAACCCCGUGCUGUCUGCUGUCUUUGCUGGCAAUGCUGCUGUUAUCAAGUACCCCUUUCACAACGUGCCCAACCCCGUGCUGUCCGCUGUAUUUGCCGGCAAUGCUGCCGUGAUUAAGCCCAGGAAGAGAGCUCUCAAGGCUGUUGGUGGCCCUCCAGAGCUCGUGCAUGUGAUCACUGGGUUUGGGCCCACAGGGUCAGCUCUGGUGCAGUCCAGUGUGGAUCGGUUGAUCUUUGUUGGGUCAACUGCUGUAGGCAGGAAGGUUUUGCAACCCUCUGCUUCUCUUCUGUCCUCUGUCUCUGCUUCUCUUCUGUCCUCUGUCUCUGCUUCUCUUCUGUCCUCUGUCUCUGCUUCUCUUCUGUCCUCUGUCUCUGCCUCUCUUCUGUCCUCUGUCUCUGCUUCUCUUCUGUCCUCUGUCUCUGCUUCUCUUCUGUCCUCUGUCUCUGCUUCUCUUCUGUCCUCUGUCUCUGCUUCUCUUCUGUCCUCUGUCUCUGCUUCUCUCCUGUCCUCUGUCUCUGCUUCUCUUCUGUCCUCUGUCUCUGCUUCUCUUCUGUCCUCUGUCUCUGCUUCUCUUCUGUCCUCUGUCUCUACUUCUCCACAGGUUCUAGAGGCCUCUGCAGUGAACCUCACGCCAACGGUGCUGGAGCUGGGAGGCAAGGACGCGUUCAUCGUUUGUGACGAUGCGGACUUGAAGCAGGUCGUCCCCAUCGCUCUGAGGGCUGUCUUUCAGUGCAGCGGGCAGAACUGCAUUGGGGCGGAGCGGUUCUUUGUGCAGGCCGGCAUCUACGACCAGUUUGUGGGGGAGGUGGUAUCUGUGGCGCAGCAGAUGCGACUGGGUUACCCUUUGGCGGAUGAACUGGAGGGAGAUGAGCAAGAUGGGAUGAAUGGAGGAAGGGAAAAGGCAACUGCUCCUGCUUCCCAGCAGGAAGGUGUGGGAGAUGGAGAAUUGGGAAAAGUGGCAAGAGGAGGCCAGUUCUACCCCCCCACCGUACUCGUUAAUGUGCGCCCCACUAUGCGCAUACUGCACGAGGAAGUGUUCGGCCCUAUAAUGUGCAUCGUAAAAUUUGAAAAUGACCUAGAGGUGGUGGCAGCUGCAAAUGACUGCCCGUUUGGGCUCGGGUGUUCGGUGUUCUCGGGGGAUAGGAGGCGGGCUGCUGCGAUUGGGGCGGCAGUGCAGUGUGGGAUGGUGGCGAUCAAUGACUUUGGAUGCACCUACAUGUGCCAGUCACUGCCAUUUGGCGGAGUGAAGGAGAGUGGUUUCGGCCGGUUUGCAGGGGUGGAAGGGCUGAGAGGGUGCUGUAACGAGAAGGCUAUUGUGGAGGACAGGUUUUACUCACUCAUCAAGACCAACAUCCCUCCGCCUCUCCAGAUUCUACUCUCAUCAAGACCAACAUUCCUCUACCUCUCCAGUGCCAUUCCAGCAAGCGCUGGUGCGCAUGUUCUUUGCCCACACCCUGCUGGCGCAGCUCUCAUCUUAAUCAGCCCUUUGCCUUGUCCCUCUCCCUGCUCAAACCUCCCACCCCCCCCUGCCCCUGCACAGUACCCCCUUGCACCCAACGCAGUACCAUUCCAGCAGGCUCUGGUGCGCAUGUUCUUCGCCCACACCCUGCUGGCGCAGCUCUCUGGACUCUUCCACCUGCUGCUGGAGCUCAUGCGCUCACCCAAGAGGACAAACACACCGCAACGCCCAAGCUCGGCCGCCCAUGUUGCUGGUGCUGGUGCUACGACUUCUGCUGCACGGCACAAUUCAGGUGUAGGUGCGUCAGGUGGUGAGAGGCCACAUAAUGAGUAG